UGGCCGACAUGAGCCGCGCGUGCUGGGGCUCCCGGGUGUUUAUCCGCUCUUAACGGCUAAUCCCGAAACUCGUACCCUCUAUAUAUAUAUAUAUAUAUAUAUAUAUUGGGACGUGCGCGUGCACGUACCCGCUCGUGAAACGUAGACUAGGGGUGAGAACGACGGGUUUCUCUCGUGCACGGUUCGUAUACCUGUGAAGGGAGAGAGAAUUUUUGACGUACGGACCUCUGGCUCUGAAUUUUUUCCGAACGGAACGUGAAUAGAUUCCGCGUGACGGGGAAAAUUUAGUGCUCUUUGUUGCGACGGGAUAUACGAGAUAUAUCGAUGUGAAAAAUAGUUUAUCCUUGAAUUGACGCGAACGUAUAUCUCGACAGUCGCGAUCCGGGAGUGAAGAAUGACGUUACUACGCGCAGUGUAACGAACUUGCAACGAUGAUAACGCUAGUGUCAGUGCAGUGGGGUUAAAGUGCCAGCCGGUUUAUGGAUAACCACGCUUCGCUGAUUGGCUGCACGAGUGCGGGCUCGUAUCAAGCCGACGAGUGGCCAGUGUUAUUGUGUCGAGUGGCGCCGAGAAGUAUUUAAACGUGAUAUUCUUAUACCUUUCGUACGAGGAGAGAUGAACGAAUGAUUGGACAGAGGUGAUCCCCAGCUGAUACGCGCGAUGUGGCCGAAAUCUUGCUCGCUGUUCCUCUUGUUCUGCGUCCUCCUGCCCGGAGUGGUUCCCUUCACGUCUGGCGAAGAGGGUGAAGAUGCCGCAGAGGAGGACUCGUAUCUAGAGGAAGACGAGGUGCCUUCGGCUACGAUAGCCAGCGAUACCGAGUUGAUUUCCGAAGGUGGCGGCCAUCUGCCAGUUUUUCUCACCGAACCCGUUAACUCUUUCGUCGUGAAGAACAAACCCGCGACUCUGCAUUGCAAGGCCGCUCACGCGCUGCAGAUCUAUUUCCGUUGUAAUAAUGUGAGGGCGGAGGAAUCUCAGCAGCAGGAUUUCGUAGAUCCUCAUACGGGAACAAGGAUCGUCGACUGCGAGCUAAAUGUCACGAGGGAUCACAUUGAAGAGUACUUUAGCAAGGACAAAUUCAAAUGCGAAUGCGUCGCUUGGUCUGGGUCAGGACAGAUUAAGAGCCAGCCGGCAAUUAUCGAUGUUGCUUAUUUGAAGAAACAAUUCGAAUCGCCACCAUAUUCCGUAUCCGUUGAAGCAGGCCAAAGUACCGAACUCAGGUGUUUGCCUCCGGUAGGAGUGCCACCACCGAGAGUUUACUGGUUAAGAAAUAAUAUCCCCGUGGACACCGAGUCGGAUACACUUCUAGUGUCCAGCGAGGGACAUCUACUUAUUGGUCAAGCGAAACUUAGCCAUCAGGCGAAUUACACGUGCGUCGCUGAAAACAUCGCUGCGAAACGACUAAGCGAGCCAGUUACCUUAACAGUAUACGUGAACGGUGGCUGGUCUUCCUGGUCGUCUUGGUCGGAAUGCUACUCGAGAUGCGCGAAAGGCGGUCAGAAGAGGACGAGAACGUGCACGAAUCCUGCGCCGAUGAACGGCGGCCAGCCGUGCCUCGGCCCGGCUCAGCAAAAGAUGGACUGCAACACAGCCUGUCCCGCCGGGCCUUUGGAGGAAUUCACUAACACCCUGGUUGUGGACGGCGGAUGGUCCAGAUGGUCGGCUUGGACCAUGUGCGGGAGCGACUGCACGCACACGAGAAGGAGAUCGUGCGACGAGCCGCCACCCAGCCACGGAGGGCGAUCUUGCCAGGGUAGGGACAUCAAUGUGGCGAAUUGCACCGGCGGCAACUGCAACGUCAACGGCAACGUGAAGGUGGGCGGCGCUCAUUUCACCGAGGAAGCGAAUCGUCAGAUGGAUGUAGCCUUGUAUGUCGGUCUAGCUGUCGCCUGCAUAGUAAUUGGCGGUUUGGGAAUCUUUCUGGUGAGACUCGUGCGACGGAAAGGUCGGGAUCACUCCUUGUACUCCAUGGCUCGUAAUGAAUUCCAGCCGGAGUUCUUCCCGGACCAGGACAAGAAAUUGAGCCUGCAGCCGGAUGUGACGGCGACGAGCGUGCCGGCCUGCUACGAGUAUCCUUUCGAUCCGAAACUGUCGAUGUCGAGAUCCCUCUCGGAGCAUCACUACGACGUGCCACACUUGUCGAUCGCGCCCCAACCCUCGCCGAUGUCGCCCACCCCGAGCACGUCGACCCAGGAGUCCUGCAGCGACAAGCAGAUCCAUUCCGACAGCGAGAACAGCGUAACUAGCUCCUACCCGUCCUCGGACUCGACGUACAACGUCGCCUCGGAGAGCGUCCGACUACCGAAACUGGAAGCCGGAAACGUCGCCAGGGCGGCGGUGAACACUCGGGGCGCCCUCCUGGUACUUCCGGAUUCCGGGAUCUCGAUGUCGGUGCCCGAGGGCGCCGUGCCGAAACCCCACCGGGCGGAACUCUAUCUUGCGGUGCUCAACGAGGAUCGUUACAGGCCCCGAUUACCCGACGGGAUAACCCAGUUAUCGGCCGUGUUGACCUGCGGUCCGUCGUCGGCGACCUUCAACAAGCCUGUGAUCCUUCAAUUCGAGCAUUGCGCGAUGUUGCAUCCGGCAACCUGGGAACUGAGCGUUUGGGCGUGCGACGGCGUUAACGUUGACGACGGUUCGUCCUCGAUGGCGUCGAAAGACCACCAGUCGAUUACAUGGAGCAGAGUGCUAACUCUAGGCAACGAGACCAUCAAUACACCGUUAUUCACGCAGCUGGACCACGCGGAGGCGUUUAUCGUGACCGAGCAGCUUCGCGGUUACGUUUUAGCUGGUCAGAGUUGCGAGAGCUCGAUCGCCACGAAGAGACUGCGAUUAGCCCUCUUCGCCAGCCAAGCCGGUCAGUGUUGCGUCAGGGUUUACGCCGUGGAGGACACGAGAGCGGCCAUGAAGGCUAUAGUCGAUCGGGAGUCGCAGAUCAGGGGCUAUUUGUUGGACAAGCCGCGCACGUUGCUGUUCCAAGACAACGGGGAAUCGCUCUGCGUCAGCCUCGAAGAAGUCGGCAACGAGUGGCAGAGCAAGUCGCCCACGGAACGCCAAGAAGUCUCGUUCCGGGACGUUUGGAACUGCCAGGAGAACGCCAAGCACGUGACCUUCGGCCUGGACACGGCUUUCGGCCCGACCACCACGAGGAGCUACAAGCUGCAGGUCUCGCAAGGCAACUCUGACACGAGACAGGUCUUCAGAAUCGUUUACGACGGCGCGAAACAGUUAAUCUCCUCGGGUAGCGUCACGAGACCACUCAGGGAAGUCACCGUGGUAAGCAGCGGACACGCUAACAACGCCACGACGGACUCCACUACGCUGCGACCAUUUCGGUUUACGAGAUCCUUGAGGAAGCAGCUCUGCCAGUGUUUAGACCCGCCGAACGCGCUGGGGAACGACUGGAGAAUGCUGGCGCAGAGGCUUCAAGUCGACAGGUACAUCAAUUACUUCGCGACCAAGGCCAGCCCGACCGAGCACAUUCUCGAUCUGUGGGAGGCGAGGCACCGGGAACCGACCGCGGUGACGGAUCUGCUGAACCAUCUUAGAAUAAUGGGCAGAACCGACGCCGCCACGAUUCUGGAGGCGCAGCUCGGCCCGUGGCUCUGAACAAACAGAAAACCGGAUCCGGAGGAGCGUUUUCAGCGGUGAGUGAAAGUCGACGCCGUUGUACGCCCACCCGGGCGAUCAGUGUUUAUAUCGGUGGGUGAUCGAACACGGCGACCGAUGAACACGGUAAAUUGAUCGGCGAGUGAACACGAGUGAAGUCCGGAUCGAUGCGAAGAGGAAAAGGAGCAAGAGAAUAGGCGGGAGAACCCUUAGUUCUCCGAAACGGACUCAUCGAAACACUGCCUUAAUUGUGCGCGACAAACGCGCCGGUACUUUUUUGUAUAUAUAAACGUGAGUUAAUGGUGGCAGGUCCGAGGGAAUUUCCUCUUGAGAAGAGGGAUUCCUACAGACGCGAGUUAAGGACUGAGAAAUGCUUAUCCGCGAGUUCAAAAGCGGUAUAAUCCGCUUAUAAGAAAGAAAACCGUAUAUUAUAUAUAAUUGUGACGAAGUAAUUAGGGACUGUGCAUUUAGACGGACAUACAUGUAAAUACAUACAUUUAAAAAGAAGAAAACGCGCGCGCAGAUGAAUAUAUCCAUUUUAGAUGGAUGUUUCUAUAUAAAUAUAUGUUAUAUAUAUAGAUAUAUAUUAUAUAUAAAGGACACCAAGUAAAGUUCGAGCGGAUCGCGACAAUAUCCGCGACGUCACCUCGACGCGAUGACGCAAUUAUAUUAUAUCGAUUUGUUAUGAACACGAACGCACGCGAGCACGAGCGAGUGAUUAUUUUUCUGAAAAUCGUGCCAAAAUUACCUCGGUUUUUUUGUAAGCGUACGUAUACACUUCCGUUUUCUUAAUUGUUGCAUCAGAAUUUCGUGAAUGUCGUAUAUAAUAUCCUUUUUACGCGUGUCGACAAUACAGAGAUCGCGAGAUUACACGAGGACGAUGAUGCGCGAUCGCAUAAAACGAGCUAAUUAUAACAGACAUGAUUUAAAUCGACGAUUUAUUUGAGAGAAUUGUAUAUUUGUUACUUUCGACGAAUAAAAUAUUCUUGUAUACCUCAGAGUCAAA